UUAAUUCGAAUGUUUGGUGGAAAAAAGUGGCAAAACGUUAAAUGGCAACACCUACUAGAUGGAACGAAGAAACAAUCACAUGACACACUCGAAUAGAAGCUACGUUGAAAGGAAUGCAGCAAGGAAAAAGAUACGAAGGAAGAAGAUGGAGGAUCGGUCGAGAUAUCAUCCGUAGUGAUCGGGCAGGCUCGCGUCAAGAUGGGCAACAAUGGAAGCAGCUCGAACAGGGAUCAACAGGUCGGAUCCGUGUGCUCGAACGGGGUGGCGAACGUGGACGGAACGAACGGCCAUCACGGAUGGUCCCAAUCGUUCCCUCGAGAGUUGACGAGACACAGGUCGCAGCCGAGCGCCGCGCGGAAAGUUCUUCCCGAGCCGCCGGGUCAAAGGCUGCGCGCGACCGACAACGGGAGCAUCAUACACAACGGUGGAACGAUUAGCGGCCGCAGACCGCCGACCUUCGCCUCGUCCCGCGAUCUCGCCAAGCGCAACGAUCAUCCGCCUCCGUCGUUCCUUCGAGAGAGGAGCGGCUCCGCCUCGAACCUCGUCCGACCCUGCUCCAGACGAAUCGACCGCCACUAUUAUCGAUCGAGUCGCGACCACUCGAUCGACGCGAGCGCGGCCACCCUCGACCCGAAGAGGUUCGGCAGCGAGCCCGAUCUUCGCUCCACACCCGACCUCGUCGAGGCCUCCACGAUGGAAAGAGCAGCAGCCGUGGAAGCGGAAGCGUCGCGCCACCACCGCUACCACGGCAAAGAGUCGAGGGAACGGCUCGCGGAGAGCGCAUGCUCCAAGGCUAGGAAAAAGUAUAAAGCUCCCGCUCCGCCCGCCUCCCCCCGUCUCCGCGCCAACUCCUCGCCCGCGGCCGAAAACUCUCGCCCCCCGAGCCGAAACCUCGACCCACGCCUCUCUGCCCACUCCCGAGCCGAGCAUCGACCGCGCGACGACCAAUCGACGAAUCGGACCAAAGUCGAACCACCGCCCCGAAGAUCUCGAUUGUUCAAGACCCGUGCCGAAUCGAAGAGGGCGCAGAUCGGUUGGCAGUUAUCGCCCGCCGACACGCGCGACCUCACCUCGAUGAACGGCGGCUCGCGUUCCGACAACGAGCUCGCCGCGACCGAGGCGAGCGUCGAGCGCGACCACCGUCGUAUUCCGCCCCGACGCUCCCACCUCGCCGAGCAUCAUCACCACCACGGGAAGGGCAACACGCUUCAAAGAAGCGUCAGCAAUCCGGAAUUCCAAGCCGAGUUGAUUCGAGUCGCUAAAAAGGUGCGCGACAAGUUGGACUCGAGCGGGAAAUUGACGGACGGGUCGAUCCGCGACACCCGAUACGAUCGAAAACUGCCCGCUUCUCGGCCGAGCGGUAAUAAUCGGCGUAGUAACCAGAACGAACGCGGCAAGGAGGAUCGGGAGGGCGGGGAGGAGGCAUGCGCGCAGGGGCCAAGGUCGAGGGAUCGUUUCGCGAGACGCGAGAUGGAAUCGCAACGGGAUCAAUUUCGGGACGAGAACUCGGAUUCUGACGGUUCGAAGCUCGCCACGGUCGAUCGAUCGCGAGAAGGACGAUUUGCCUCCAUCACAGCGCAACCCGUAACGCCAAAAACUACUUUCUACUUCGGCAUGAACGAACGUUUCCUGGGCGAAUCGCGCAACGACGAGGACCGCGAUCGUGGAGACGGCAGAGCUUCCAUGGACGGGAUUCUCGACGACGCGGACGAGGACGAGAAAAACGUCGUGGAGAAUAUUUCGUUGAAGUUGCGGCCAACCCUGCCGAAAAAACAAUUGGAAAUCCCGCGAUUCUCGCCAUCCGCUGCCUGGAGAUUGCUUUCUACGUUGGAAACUCCGGGUCCGAGCAUGAGCACUGCCAGCGAAGAAAUGCCGGUGAUGUUCGAGGAACGGAUAGAACGACUCUCGAGGCCGCCCCCGCUUUUCCCACUCUCGUUGGGAGCUCGAAGCUGGCACGACAAGUCCGGUGAUUCCGGGAUAUCGGGGGAUGCCGGGGCCGGUAACGAAGACUCUUUCGACGUGAGCACGAUCAACAGAGCUAAGACCACGGUGACCAGGCCGACUUGGACCCCGCAGCAGGAUUUGGGAGAGGAAUCGAGCAGCGACGCAGGCGUCGAUUCCCCCCCACCCCUAUCCGCACCCAUGAAGUAUCGUUCCCCGCGGGGUCACGUGUUCUCCCUCUCGUUGCCCAGGGACGAAGCGAGGGCCUCGAUGUGCCUCUGCCCGCCCGAGACAAAGACCAGGGACGCGUUCGCCUUCAACUCCCUUCAAAAAUUGAAACGAUCCGUGUCCGGGGCGCUGGGGAUCGGAUCGCACGAUCACACCGCCCACAGGAAAUAUAACAACACUCUCGACGACAAUUGGCUCUUGUCCACCAGCGCGCCCACCUCCCUCCAACACUCUCGUCUUCGCCUCGAAACCGCGCCAAUCUCUCCCACCGUUUGUCGCCCCUUCCCCCAUCGCCGCGUUCCGGCCGCGUGCCCGUGCGACAGCGAGAACGAAGACAACGACGGCGACGAAGACGACGAUGACGACGAGGAGGACGAGGACGAGGACGAGGACGACGAAGACGAGGAGGAUGAAGACGAGGAGGACGACGAGAAUGUCGCGCGCGAUCGUGAGUCGUCGAAGAAGAGGCGAGACGACGAAGACGAAGCGCGAUCGAACGGCGACAAAGCGAAGGAAAACGACUUCCCGGUAAUCAUGAAACCUCCGUCGUUCUCGUACUUGACACCCGGCGGCCACGUUAUGUAUCUACCGGAAACGAACGAAACGGAACAUCGAGUGCAAAAUUUGAACGGUAGAAAGAUCGGGGAAGAAGGUGGCGUAACGAGGCGGAAAUUAAAUAACGGGGAAUCGAUGGAACGCGAGAUUGCCGCCUCUUUCCGAUUGAGCUCGUGCAAGGAGUGCAAGGAUAAGGACGGUUGCGAAGAGGCGAAGAGGCGUAAGGAGAAGCGCAGGGACGAGAUCGAGGAUGUUUCGAAUCGACGACGCGAGGUGGAUAAAAGUUUGAAGAAUCAUCGUGUCGACGAGAAUGGUUGCAGGGAACGGAACGAGUUCUCCACUUGUCCCGAACCACCGAAACAAAGGAGAACGUUCUCGCCGUCAUCUACCAACGAUAAUCCUUCCCCGCGGGUCCCAUGGGUCUGCGACGCGAAUGAAACGAAGUCGCAACGGAAGAGUAAUUCGCGGGGGAAAAGAUUCACGUUUCAGUCGACGGUGAGGCAGAUAGAGAGGCGGCGAUUGGCGGAAAAAUUGUCGAGGGAGGCCGAGGCGAAGGAGCGUCAAAGGAAGGGUGAACUGGAGGCGAUGCGAAAAGUGGAGGAAGAGUUUCAACGGAAACGCGCGAAGGAGAAGGCGAGUAUCAGACAACAGUUGCGCCUGUUCAAAGAAAUGGAAGAGAAUUUCAACAGCUUGCCAACCCCGCCGGAUUGGGACGGUUCGCAGUUGUCUCGCGCGGAUCCGGACGGCGCGCCUUCCUCCACCGCAUCUUCCCCCACUUCGUUGCCGAACGGGAAUCCGCCGAUAAUCACGAGCACCGGUAAACGCGGUGACACGGCAGAACUGGCCAAGCAACCUCGUCCCGAUUCCAAAGGCUAUCGUCCAAAGUAUUACGAUUGGCCACCGGAUACCGCCAAUCAUUCGGAUCACAAGCAAACCACCGUUCAUCCCAAGAUCGUUUGCGAUAUUCCCAAAAGCUCGCCCGUUUUCGUCCACGCGAAUCUUCAUUCCGGCAAGCCACCUGUCGUGUCCAAUUCCACUCCAAAGUCGGAUAAUUAUAGGAAAGAUUUCGCGCACGGUACAAUGGUAACUAGAACUUCUUUCGCGAGUAGCGAUAGCGAACUUUCGCAACCAAACACGAGGCCGCACUCCAGGGAGAACGGGAUCAAGAUAAAAUCUCAUCGGCCUAGCCAGACAAGCGUGGAACGAAGACGAACAACAACGAACGAACGUUGAACGAACAGGUCCACCAGUCCUGCACGAAGCGCGGACGUAGCGACAUCUAAGGAAGAUUUGUCCCAGCUGAUCGAACCAACCGAACAUCCGAAGAAUCCUACUGCGCAUCAAUUUACACCGAUAAGUGGAUUACAACCGUUCACGAAACGAAAAACGUAUAGGCCAAUUUUUUACAAUCCUUGUCCAACUCCACCCAUUCCGACGAUGAUUUGGAACAACAAUCGUCUUGGCGCCGCUUAUUACAAUGUCGUUACAUCCGAAUUAUUCGUGCUGGAAGAUACGAUAGACGACUUUGAACGUUUUGAUGUGACAAAAGCGCUAUACAAACAAUGUUUACCACGUUAUUUGCUCGUGAACGGUGCUGCGCCAUCUUCUUUCACGAACGUGAUCAAACAAAUUUUAAUGGCGCAAACAAUGAACGAAGAAUCGAAUUCGUUCGAAAGCGUACAUAACACCGUGUUGAAAAUGACCUGUAAAAAGGAACAUAAUUACGAACGAUGCUCCCACAGAGUGAGAUGUCUUCGCGUCGAAUCAGAACCGAAAAACGCGAACAGCAUGGACAGAUUGACUUUCUUAAACAGUAUAUUGAAUUUCAAGUGCUGCGCAAUGAUUCACGCUUUGGGUUCGCUUUUGUUAUUCCUCGACAAACACUGGAAUAAUAUCGCUCUAGAUCCUUCUGGAAGAGCGUCCUUCGUAUCUUUGAAUUACAUCAACCUUCGAGACUUAGUCACGAUGGACGAAGAUAGUUAUAAAGCAUUGAACAUCGUUCAAGCAAGGGAUCACCCGAGUCUCUUCAAAUUUGGCGAAACGAUCACGACGAUGAAAGGGGUUAGUCUGUUCUCGCUGCUUAACCGUUAUUGCCAUUCAAGACCAGGUGUUCAAUUUCUAUGGAAGACACUGCAUCACCCGACACGAAACAUCACGAUGCUCGAGCAACGACUAAACGUGAUCGAAUUUUUCCUGGAUCUCGACAAUCAAAGCGUCGUUGAAAAUUUAACCUCCUGCUUGCGUCACGUGUACCGCUUGACCAACACUGUGCUGAUCUGUUGUUCCGGACCUCAAGCAAAGCCAUCCAAUUGGUAUAAAUUGUACAAGACUAUCUCCCACGUAAUUUGUAUAGCUGACAUUUGCGAGGAACACGCUGAAAGAAUAGAGCUGUUCAAACGAAUCGCCGAAAGUGUCACGAUCGAGGUACAAUAUGUCAAAUACUUUAUCGAGUAUAUAGUGGAUUUUGGUGAGAGCAGACGAGAAAGGAAGCUCGUGGUUAAACCGAACGUCGAUCCUUUGUUGGACGAACUGAACCACGUUCGACACACUUUGCCCGAACUGCUCACGCAAAUGGCGGAAAAAGAUAUGCGGGAACAUCUUCCACGUUCCGUAACCGGUUGCAAUAUGUUGUAUCUACCAAACAUUGGCUACGUAUUGGCGAUAAACGAAUGGGAUCCGACUCCACCCGGGGACGUUACUUUUCCAAAUUUGGAAUUCAAAUUCAGCAUCAAUCGGGUGCAUUAUUACAAAAGUCCUUCGGCGAAAGAGCUAGACGAGACCGUGGGUGACAUUAUAUUGAAAAUAGCCGUUCGACAGAAUCACAUCGUGCAAAAGUUGAUACGUUAUGUGAAGAAACACAUGGGAAUGAUUUUAAACUCGAUCCAACUCUGUGCCGAGUUAGACACUUUACUGGCGUUCUACAAAGUGGCGCGUGAUUAUAAUUACACGAAGCCAAACGUAACAGAGUCGAAGAUCAUAGACGUGGUCGAAGGACGACACCCGUUGAUGGAAUGUGCGACCACGUUCGUGCCGAACGAUAUACGUUCCGGGAAUGGAAGGAGUUUGAUCAAAGUUAUAACAGGGCCAAAUUCUUGUGGCAAGAGUGUAUAUCUAAAGCAGAUUGGCCUUAUAGUGUUCAUGGCUCACAUAGGUUGUUACGUUCCUGCAAGAUCCGCGACUAUAGGCACGGUUUCUCGUAUCUUGACUCAAAUGUCGAACACGGAAAGUAUCGGGUUGAACGCGAGCUCGUUUCUACAGAAUCUUCGACAGAUCAACGUGGCUCUACACGCAUCCACCUCGGAUUCAAUCGUGAUAACGGACGAACUGGAUAGAGGAACGUCCGAAAUGAGUGGAUUAUCGUUGGUAGCGGCUAUACUGAACACAUUCGCUGAAAGAGAUUCGGAUUGUCCUCACGUAUUUGCCGCGACGCAUGCGUAUGGCGUACUUGCACUACUUCCCCAAAUUUCUUUAAUUGAAAUUCAAACAUUUGAAUACACGAUCGACGAAGAUGAAUCGUUGGCGUUCCUUUACCGAUUGAUUAAUGGUAGCACAACACGCAGUUUCGCGCAUUACGUGGCGAGACUCGCGGAAUUGGACGAAGACAUCGUUAAACGAGGAUUAGAGAUAUUUGAAAAGAUGAAACGACACGAAUUACCAUCCAGUAUAUAUAAUCAUCACGAUAAGUUGAAAAGAAUCGCCGAGCGGCUCGAAACAUGGAAAGAUUUGAAUUUGAACGAAUUGAAAACGUUAGUUCGACAAGCCGUGUUUCCACAAUAAUUCGAAGUGAUUAAAGUAUCGAAAGAUCAUACGUUGUGUAUUACGUUUAUUAUAUAAAACGAUAAAUGGUCGAUUCAAAAAAA